AUGGCCAGUAUCAGCUUUCCUGUUGGCUCAACGGUCGCCUACGCCGUUCCAAUCCUCGAGCUCACAGGAGCUGUUCACCAGAUCCAGGCUACGUUUGAGAAUGGAGACCAUGUUUUUACGUCGUCAGAUUUCAAGCUAGGUACCGUCCGUGUCGCCGGCAGCCGGGCCUUGAUCGGACGCUUGACCUUCCGGUAUUCUUAUGACUCAAGCAACAAAAUUAUCACCGUCUGCGGCACCAACUACCCUUCAGCUGAUGGUAUGACCAUGAUGACCAUGCCCGAGGGCAUGGACAAUGAGGCAUGCUUCGAACACGCUGCAGCUACCGGUUUCCUAGCUGAUGAGGUCUAUCGAGGUGGAAAGUGGAACUACUACUCUCCCCUGAUGCCGGGCGCGCCCGAGAGGAUCAAGAAUAUAGUCCGGGCUGCCAACGAUGCGUUGAUUUCUGCUUUAGGGGAGGUACCCGAUCUCACCGUACGGGUCCGCGAGAUCCUACCAGAGCUACCGGUGGAGGAUUACCUAGCGCUAUGUUUCGUUACUCGCGACGGAAGAGUCCUCGAGAAAUACGAUCCUACCAAGCUGUACGGACUUGACGACGAGUUACACACACCUCAUUCAACAUUCAUGGGAAAAGAGGAAUGGCCAGACAAGAUUGAUUUUGCCAAUGUCAUCGGAAGCACAUCGGAUCCGCGUCCCCCCAGCAAAUCGUGGCUCGAUCUAUGGAGAACUACAAUGGAACGCGAUGGACCGAAUUGCGCGUCAUUAGGAUUCCCUGAAGAUGUCUCGUGCAGUGGGACGUCAGUUGGCGGUCAUGUUAUAUGUGGACGAACCGCGCAGAAAGUAGAUACAGGAUCAAACGAUGUCCGCAUAAUCCCAAUCUGUCGCGGGCAUAACGGCAGGAACUCGACGUAUAUGAGGACGAUGAAAGAGAGAUGGGUGGUCGUAUUGAAUAAUUACAUGCAGUAG